UAUAGAUGAUUUGUAGCCGGUAGUUGGCUAUACUAUUAAACUUGCUCUUAGUUUCUUAGCCGUUCCCGUGCGCCGCCGCCGCCGCCGCCGCUCCUCCUCUUCUCACUCCACCGCCGACGCCGUGCCACCGCUCCUACACAGACACAGUACAGGCCCCAAAUCGUCAUCCUCGAGGAUAUCUCCCCGUCCGCUCGCCACUCCGACUGAGUUCGCCCCGCCGCCCGCCGAUCCCCCCCCCCCCCCCCCCCCGCAUACUGAUAAACACUUUGAGGGGGAAUAAAUCCAAGAAACAUAUGGCCAAGAAACGCGAAUCCUGCACCCCGGACGCCAGAGGUACUCCGUGGAAGGGGCGGCUACGUUCUCACCACCCGGCGCUUCCCACCUCGCCCUCAUUGCUACCCUCUUCCUCAGCCAAGAACCAGAAGAAGAAGAGGGAGCAGGAGGCCCAAUCGUUCAAGAGGCGAGCUGCCCCGAAGAAAGCCAAGGAUACGGGUAAAUGCGGCAGCCGGAGUCAGGACGCUGCAGAGAAGCCCCUGUUGCCUGCUCCUCCCCGUCGGUCCCCACGCCUCGCUGGCAAUCCCCCGGCUUUGGUCGACGGGGUGUGCAAGGAAUCUAUGGUAAGGGGAAAGCAGUCAGCAAUUGUGCCUUUCCGAAGAUCCCUACGGCUCCGUCAUAAUCAAAACAGUCAAAAUGCUUUUAGUAUGGACCAGAAUCAUGAGAGUUCAUCAAGAAGGAGCCAGAAAAAUACCGUGGUAAAGCUUUCUAUGAGGAUGGUAAGCCACAAGGAUUCACAAAAAAUAUUUUGUCAAGAUUCCCAGGGCAUUCCUCCCAGGAUAAGGGUUCCAGAUCUAUCAUGCAAAAAGACUCAGAAGGAAGAGCUGAAUUCCAAUUGUUGUGAGAAGCUGGCAAGAAAGAGGAAGAGAGGAACAGAAGAAAGAAUGUCCUCAUCAAAGAGGCAGAGUCAUAAGGAUCCCAAAUCAUUGUCCCUAAAAUGCCAAGAAAGUACACCUACCAAUAAGCCUAGAAACACCAGUCACAAAAAGGGUGAAAAUAACUCUUCUUCAAUGCCACAGCCUAAAUUUUGUGAUGGAAGGUUGAUGAAUGCUGAGAGAAACAAUAAAGAGCUAAAUGGGAGUGAAAGACGAGAAACACAAUGUGGUUUAAAUAACUGGACAGAAGAGCAGGACAUGGCAUUGCGCAAAGCUUACUUCACUGCUCGACCAUCCCCAAAUUUCUGGAAGAAAGUUUCAAAAAUGGUUCCUGGAAAAUCUGCUGAAGAGUGCUUGAGCAGAGUUCAUGCUGAUCUUUCAACACCGACUCCAAUUGCUCCUCGUCCUAGAACAAGUAAAAUGAAAUUUUCUCCUCUUGGACAUUUCACAUUGUCUGAUCCAAAACAUCCAAACGUCCUGGAACCUUCCUUCAGAAGACGGACUGCCAAGCAGAAGAGCCUAGCAGCACAGAAGACAGUGAGACAUUUACUGAAGAAGCAGUGCCUCACUGACCAAACUCAAGAGGCUGAUCACUUCUCAAUUUUCGAGACAUCACCAACUGUUCUACCGGUGGAAUUCUCUUUUGAGGAUUCUCCUGGGACUCCUAACAGUUCAGGGAAAAAACUGUUAGCAAGGUUGGAAACUGUAAAGAAUGUUGGCAUAAACCCCGCUGAACCGAGCCCAGCAGUUCUGAAGCCUAUAAAAAAUGUUAUCUUACAUGAGAAAUAUGUUGACCGAUUGUCCCGCAGAGAAGGCACAACAAGGCCUCGUAAAAAAGCUGCAGGGUCCAAAGCUCUGGAUUCUGUCAAGACUCAACAGGCAGGUGGUGUGAAGGCUGCAAGGAAUGCUCUCAUCACAGAAGCAACAGACUUUAUAAGCCAUUUCAAGAAGAUGCAAGCAAAUCCCCUUGCGCAUGUUGUAGAAGACGACGAAGAUGAUGAGAUUGAUGGUAUUGAGUGUGAUACUAGCAAUCAUUGAUACUUGAUUCGAAGCUGCCUGUUGUACAUAAAGUUUUAAAACUGCAGCUGGAUAGCAUCUUAUCAAGCUUUAGUUCUGCAAUGAUAUGCAUAUGUUUUGCCUCAGCUGUUUUAUAUGCUCUGGAUCAGAAUAGAGUAUCUCUCUUGCAGCAAGAAUCCUAUUUUUCUUGGCGGUUGACUGGUCAUCUCUUUGGAUCCAUCCAAAGGCUACUGAUAAAAAGGUGGUUGAGAGGAAAGCUUGGAGGUGUGUUGUUCAAGUAAGGUCUGAUUUUGCUAUAAAUUUAAGGAAAUUGCUAUAUAUCACUUGUGAAAUUUUUCAGGUU